AGAGAGAGAGAGAGAGAGAGAGAGAGAGAGCGAGAGAGAACAAACGAGCGAGAACAGUGAAGCAGCACCACAGCGCAUGAAGCAAGUAUGGCGGUAAUCCUAUCAGCUGAUAGCGUCCGUCGCUGGAAUGACGGACCGCAUUUUGGUUAAUCGGGUUAGAUCGCCCCCUCCCCGCACUCGAAGCCGAUGACCACAGCUGUGUGUAUCGCCGUUCUAUUACUACGUACUCACGUACAUACGAGAUCGCAUGACGCAUAGACAAUGCUAAUGCACUCAUCGCGCGCUGGCACGUACACGGGAUUUCCUCCGAAGUGUAUCACGCGUCGCUGACAGACGGACGAUAAUUGUGCGGGAAUGUCGCACUAUAGUUUCCCGAUCUUAGCGGCUAAUAAAAAGAUAACAAACGGAAGAGUGUCCGCUUAAUUGGAGCGGCGUGGAAUCCGGGUGAAGCGAUCUGUGAUGAGCGACUCCGAACAGCGGCAGCUGCACGUGCCUUACCGAGAAUACCAUAGCCAGAACAACACCAGCCCUGCCGCUCUGGUGGAGACCGAUGCAUUGGUGGAUCUGUCCAUCGCGCCCAGCAGCCGCUUGUCGCAGAGCGACAAUCACCAGCCAAUUGCGGUCGCCACCGACCUCCUGCCCGACGUCGAGUUCAUUCCGGGUCUGAGCAACGACCAAACCCUAGCCAUAGAUUCCUCCGGGAUCGACCGGGAGAGCCAGCCUCUCCUCGGUCGCUUGGAGCUCGACGUUACAUUCAACAGAUUUUCAGAUGACCCACAAUUUUCCGAGCUGGUAUGGCAAGCGGAGUGCGCGAUAGACAAUGGAGUUUAUCCAGAGAGAAUAUACCAGGGCUCCAGCGGGAGUUAUUUUGUAAAAAAUCCAGCGGGGAAAAUAAUAGGUGUAUUCAAGCCGAAAGACGAAGAGCCUUACGGCAGAUUAAAUCCGAAAUGGACGAAAUGGAUGCACAAGCUCUGCUGUCCCUGCUGCUUCGGCAGAAGCUGCCUGAUUCCAAAUCAAGGCUACCUGAGCGAGGCGGGCGCCAGCCUGGUUGAUCGCAAGCUGGGCCUUGGCAUCGUACCGAACACCAGAGUAGUAAAGCUCGUCAGCGAGGUGUUCAAUUAUCCGCGCUUGGUCCGUCAGAAGGCACGCAUGAAACAGGCGAUCAUGGACCAGUUCCCCACGGUGGGCUCGCACUUCAACCGCAUCGGUCUACCUCCGAAGGUCGGCUCUUUCCAAGUUUUCGUGGAUGGCUACAAAGACGCCGACUAUUGGCUGAGGAGGUGGGAGAACGAAUCCUUGCCGGCGCGUCUCAGUCGGGAAUUUCAGCUGCAGUUCGAGCGAUUAGUCAUCCUCGACUACAUCAUCAGGAACACGGACAGAGGUAACGACAAUUGGUUGAUCAAAUACGACACUAGCGUCAGCAAAAACGGAAACGAGCAGGGCGAAGUGAAGAUUGCUGCGAUAGACAACGGCUUGGCCUUCCCCUUCAAACAUCCGGACUCUUGGCGGGCGUAUCCCUAUCAUUGGGCUUGGUUGACUCAAGCGAAGCAACCGUUCAGCGAGGUUACAAGAGAAUUGGUUCUACCACAACUCUCGGAUCAGAACUUUGUACAGGAUCUUUGUGACGACUUGUAUCAAUUAUUCAAACAAGAUAAAGGUUUCGACCGGCACCACUUUGAUAGACAAAUGAGCGUGAUGCGAGGACAGAUCUUAAAUCUGCAACAAGCCUUGAAAGAUGCCAAGAGUCCUGUGCAAUUGGUGCAAAUGCCGGCUGUUAUUGUGGAGAAGGCCAAAGGAAACGGCGCUCCAAGGUUGUUCUCAUUUUCUGACACAUUUACCCAGCGCUUCCAGAAUAAGAGUCCAUUCUUCUCCUGGUGUUGAGGACGCGAGUUUACAGCUACAAGCAGAGUGAUCGGAAUCAGUGAAUCGGUGUCAGUGUCAGUUAAACGAGAAACGAUCCUGCGCGCCGCGAAUAAUAUUGUCACUUAUUUUUCUAAGUUUAUCCUACAUUUCUACCUCUCUUUCGUAAGUUUCAUUUCCAUGCCGCGGCCGCGGAUCGAUCGAUCGAUCAAACGGGCGGUUGUCCUUUUUAGGCUGUCCUGUAUUUAUAAUAAUCUCUUUCAGUUCGAUUGGGAUAUAAGAAAUAUUCGUAUAAUUAUAUUGUAUACAGUAAAUAUAUAUAUACAUAUAUAUAUAUAACGUUAAAAGGGAUCCUUUCAAUGCGCUUAAUGUACGGGAAAAACAGCGAAGAAAAGGAAAGACGCGCGCGCGCACGAAGAUUAGAUUGCAACAUAUGAGCCCACAAACAAGACACACGUGCCAGUUUUACAGGUACUCAAAAUGUGUGUCUUUCUUUCUCUUUUUCUCAUGUCUUCCUAAUAAAUACACACACUCACACACACACACAUACACACACACACACACACACGCAUAGAGCUCGUGCCAAUCGGUAAUUACGACAUGCAUAGGCCAUUAUUUGGAGAACGACUGGCGUAUCGCUCCAUGGCUUAGGCAUUGGAAAACAAGUAUGAGAGACAAGCGCUUGAUCGUUUGAUAUAUUUUCGUUCUGCUACUUUUAAGAUUAGCUAUCUCACUUAGUCCCGAAGAGUCGAUCGUUAAGUAUACUUGAAUCUUACACGAUACUUUUCCAAGUUGUAAACUGUGAUCUUGUGGUAUAUACACGUGGUGUCGCGUGUGGCGUAUACGUAUCGACGACAGAGAAUUCCACGUAGAUAUUAAUGACGCUAAUUGUUAAGUACAAAUGAAACCGCUACUGAGGCGCAUAGACGAGAUAUAGAGUUUCUAGCGCAAUUUUUAUGAGAUCAUAUAUUUUCGCCUGUCUUCUCUCUUGUAAUAAUAACACGCCGUACUCGAUUGUGAGAGAAAUAGAAUCCUGUGAUUGUA